GUGUUGUCCCUGGAUCAGAACAGAGUCAACAGUCCAUUAUUCUGAGUGAAUUCUUUGCAAGUUAACAAAAUAUUUACCACAUUUUAUAGAUUCUAAAUGCCAUUGCCCUUCUCUCGCUGUCGCCUUUCGCCUUCUCAAUCUGAUGAUUCUGAUCCCUUUGCCGCUCCAUACCCUCUUCAAAGAUCAUCUCCUGGAACAACACUGCCACCAAAAUCGAACACCACAAGGCGAUUGAAACCAAAUUUCUCACUGUCUCGUGUGGGAUAUCUUUUUAAUAGUGAUGGAGUUUCUCUUUUGAUCCAGGCGUCUCGGUUGAUUGGGACGGGAACGUUUGGAUGCGGGACUGUGAUAGUGGAGGGAGAGGAUUUUAUUGCAGAAAAUGUCACUUUUGAAAACUCUUCUCCUCAGGGUUCAGGCCAAGCCGUGGCACUCAGAGCUACUGCAGAUAGAUGUGCGUUCUAUAAUUGCAGGUUUAUUGGGUGGCAGGAUACUCUCUACUUGCAUCACGGGAAACAGUAUCUGAAAGAUUGUUAUAUCAGAGGAAGCUUGGACUUCAUUUUUGGAAAUAGCACUGCUCUCUUCGAGCAUUGUCAUAUCCACUGCAAGUCAGAAGGUUUUAUAACUGCACAGAGCAGGAAAUCUUGUCAGGAAUCAACUGGCUAUGUGUUUUUGAGAUGUGUAAUCACUGGCAAUGGAGGAUCUCCAUACAUGCAUCUUGGAUGUCCAUGGGUACCAUUUGGAAGGGUGGUCUUUGCAUACACCUAUGUGGAUCAGUGUAUCAGAAAUGUUGGUUGGCAUAACUAGGGUAAAGCUGAAAAUGAGAGAAGUGCUUGCUUUUAUGAGUACAGGUGUUUUGGACCAGGUUCUUGUCCAUCAAAACGGGUAACAUGGGCUAGAGAACUUAUGGAUGAAGAAGCUGAGCAAUUCCUAUCGCACAGUUUCAUUGACCCUGAUCCUGAAAAGCCUUGGCUUGCUCAAAGAAUGGCACUGAAGAUACCAUAUUCUGCUUAGAAUUCAUUUCUCAAAGGUACCACUCAAUAUCUGUGCGUGUAUAUUAGGGAUAUGAUGGUAUUUAACAGUCAUAUUUGAAGACUAAAAUCUGCACCAUACCCUUUUCAAAUUUUCUUUUCCCUAAAGGUGCAGAAACAUUGCAAAAUGCCUAUUGGAGCAUAAACUCUAUCUUUAACU